AUGGGGCUGGUACAUCACGGCCUAGACCUGUUCAACUACGAUCAGAAAACCUGCUCUAACCAGGUUUUGAUCACUGCAAAAGAGACUCCGUCUAACAUUGAAUAUGACGAGUAUGUUGUCUACAAGCGGUCAGAGGAGCCUGGAGCACCAUCCACAAAGCGGGAUCCCUGGGUGGAUGAUGACGACCACAUCACCCACCACUUCACUCGCGAUGAUACUUCGGGAACAGCUCUUUUCGACCUAGCCUUUCGGCGUGGGCACAUGCUUGACCGUGAAGGCAGUUUUCGAAAACCAGACGAUGAUGAAGUACCAUCAGCCGGAAUGGAAGGCCGAAUACGCCGGGUAAUCUGUUUUAAGCGUAAAACUAUUUACGACGGUGGUCGAGACAUUCUUAGCAUGACGGUUGAUGACCUGGCUGCCAUGAACCUUCAUCCUGCCACGCUGCAAUACUCAACUCGAACUACCACGGAAUCUAGAUUCUGGUCCAAAGACAAAUCCCAGCUGAGUAUUAUUCUCGCAUUCUCAGAGAUGCCAAAGACGCCCUGUGACUUCCUGUCCAUGACAUACGAUGUCCGCGAACGCUCCGCGACCAUCCUUGCCCGACAGUCAUGGGAGCCAAGACGACACAACCUCGAUGACCUCGACGAAUAUGAUCAUCGUCUGGAAUCAUGCAGAAAUCAUUGGGCGCACCCUCUCAUCAUGCCCGUUGUGCUUCUCCAAGUGCAAUUUAUGCGAUGUGAAGAGGCUGUUAUCGAGAACAACUCCAACGUGGCUCAUUUGGAAUACGAUGUCAGCAACAUUGCCGGCUUCGAUGCUACAGAGACUGGGAAGCGUCUCAGUCGCACUUUCAGCAAUGGCAAAGAUGGCGAGAGAAUUGCCUGGGGCCCAAGCACCAUGACCAAACUCAUGAAAAGGGCACACGAAGUUCUCAAGGACACCAUUAAACUGCUGGAUACUAUUCGCUGGAUGGAGAGAGCUAUCAAAGUGUUAAUAUUGGCCGGAGACGAGUUGAAUGAGCGAAUGGGAAACUAUUCUAACUUCGGCAAUGAUCUCAGUAUGUUGAGUCCCACGGUAAUCGACCCUCUGGGAGGACCUCCUGCAGUGAGUCCAGUUCUGCCUCCCAGAGAUCUCCCUAGGCUUCGAUUUCCUGAUGAAAUGACGGAUGGCGAUUCUUUGGGGCCCCAUUGGCAUGAGAUCAGACAGUAUCUUGAUGGUUUGUUGCGUCUUUGCAUGGGUCUUGAGACGGAUAGGCGCAUGUCGGAGGCCAGAUGCCGUGCUCAGAUCGAUAUGAUCUACAGUAAGAUGGCCCAAGAAGACAAUAUCCUGAACGCUCGAAUGGCUGUAGCAUCAUCACGCGACAGUUCCUCGAUGAAAGCUCUCGCUGUGAUAACCGCCAUCUUUCUACCCGGCGAAUUCCUUGGAACUCUCUUCGGUAUGUCCAUGUUUGACUGGCUCGGCCCAGAUGAAGAAGACGACGAUUCAUCUAGACCUAUGACAUUCGGCGCGCAUUUUUGGUAUUAUUGGUCUACAGCUAUUCCACUCACUCUUCUGAUUUUGUUCGUCUGGCGAGCUUGGUGGGUUACCCAAGAUCGUUAUUUCAGACGUCAUCUUUCGCAAGAACUUAGCGAGGAGCGUUUCUGGACCGCCGAUGGAAAGCCGCGCAAGCUAGAACGAAGUUUCAUUUGGGAUUUCUUCUACCUUUCCGCUAGGCGUGAUGAGAAACCACGACCAGAAGAUGACUUGGCUGAGCUGGAGACCAUCCAUUCUGGGGCGAAGGAAGGAAAUGAUGAGGGAUUGACUGGGGCUACUGAUAUGAGGCAGAGACAGAUUUUGGAGACGAGGAAAUGGAGUCUUCAUCAGAGAGGGACGAACGUCGCGGUUUAG